CCGCGAUCCAAAAAGUCUACCAAUGAUUCAAAUUGGCUUUUGGCCCAAUAAUUUUUUUAAGAAGUCCGGAUCUUCUUUGAAUGUAGGGUAGAAUAAGAAAAACCUUUUCAUUUUUCUGCCUUUCCUCAAUAACCCUAAGCUCAAGCCGUUCUUUCUUCUCCAACUUCAUUCAUCAGUGCGCCCCAAGUUUGCAAUUUUUUUUUUCAUUCAACGGUGCUUUCCCCAAGCAGAGGAAAAGAGACAUGAAGUUCAUCGCCGCAUACUUGUUGGCUGUGCUCGGAGGCAAAGCCAGCCCUUCCGCCGGUGACAUCAAGAAAAUCCUUUCUUCUGUUGGUGCCGAGGCCGAUGACAGUAAGCUUGAGUUGCUCUUGUCUCAAGUUGAGGGGAAAGAUAUCACUGAGUUGAUUGCAGCUGGAAGGGAGAAAUUAGCUUCCGUACCAAGCGGUGGUGGUGGUGUGGCAGCUGUUGCUGCUGCACCUUCAAGUGGCGGUGGGGCUCCCCCAGCUGCUGAAGAGAAGAAAAUGGAAGAGAAGGUUGAAGAGGAUACCGAUGAGGAGAUGGGCUUUGAUCUUUUUGGAGGAGAUGAUUAGAGUUGUUUUACUUCUAUAUGUUUGUUUGGAUAGUAGUAUCAAGUUUUAGCACCCCUUCCUGUUUUUUACUCUCUAAGGAAGACUCCUGAAUCUUUUUCUGCCUAUUGUAUUAUAACAAUGGCUGAAUCAUGAACCUGACAUCUCCAUCUUCAUUCCCCUUUCAAGUAGGUAUGGACUCGGGCCGGGUGGCCCGACCCGGAACUGGCCCGGGACCGGUACUGUUCCGGCCCGGCCCGACCCGGUGGCCCGGUCAGUGACCGGUCCGGGUAGGCCCGGCCCGUGGGUUUUCCGGUCCGGGCUCGGGACACCAAAACAAGGCCCGGCCGGGCCCGGGCCCGGUUCGGGCCAAAAACAAUUUUUUUUUCAAUUUUUUUUAAAUUUUUGGGUUGGGCUGGGUAUUUUGGGCCAUUGGGGGUGGUUUGGGGGUUGGGGGUGGGAGGGGGGUUAAUUAGGAAGAGGAAAACAAAAAAAAAAAUUAUAAUGGGCCCGGCCUGGCCCGGACCCGGACCGGUCCCGGGUCCACCAUUUCUGACCCGCCGGCCCGCCCGGGCCUAGGCCCGACCCGGACCCGAGUCCACUCCUACUUUCAAGCCUAUUUUUGAAAACAAUUUUUAUUAGAACACCAUAUUGUAUUUUACUUUGAGUUUCAGUGGUUCUGCUGGCAUUAUUUAUGGAUUUUUUCUCUUCUUACUUUCUAU